AAUUGAUUGCACAUGCCAUGCGAAGGGGACAAGCCAAAGGGGCACACUGGACCGAGGAAACGCCGACCGAAGACAAAGAAGAAGCAUGAGGACAUCCCAUCCAUAGCAAUGGCAUCCGUAGCAAUGGCAGUGCCAUCGCCGCAGAAGUCAACGCGCACAACCAAGAAGGCUGAUGCUGCCCCAGCGACACCCGAGACGCCCAAGCGUACUGCUGGGUUGUGUGCGAAAGCAGACUCGUUUUCUCCCACCACACUGAACACCAUGUCACCCGAUCGAACUAUCGAAGCUGCCACACGUGCAUAUUGGACCCAGUGGGCGAUUGACGCGGCGGAGCAAGAACGGACUCGUAGAUUGCACCAACUAGCAGACAUUCAACGGGAAGAGGAUAUGGAACGCGCGCGACGGCAAGCGUGGGCGCGGGAGGCAAUUGAGAUGGAACAGCACUCGCGUACGUCGCGCCUGUUUCUCGAAGCGAUGCAGAACACGGCGUGGUUCCAAGCGACGAUCUCGCCGUCGAUUCUCAAUUACGAAGUGGUGUGUCCCCACAGUUGGUUUGGCUGUACAUUCAGCUGCAUGUUGCGGCACAUCGAAGAGCAUCUCGUGGACUGUCCGUACCGCCAAGUCCCUGACACCCCCACGGUGGAAGACAUGGAUCUACAUUCAUACGAUGUAGUUUGUCCCAAUGCUGUCCUCGGCUGCAUCACAAUCUGUUCCCGCGACACUAUUGGCGCCCACUUGUCAGUGUGUGGCAUCCGGUCGGCAGAAACCGAACUCGCAGAGCGCAUGCAAUCGCAACUCAGCGUCAUCGCCGCCAGCGAAACCGAGCGCCGACGCCGCAUGAACGAAGCCACAGCCAUGUCGUCCGAGGUGCACAAGCUGCACGACGCCCAGACCAAGGACCUCCAGGCCCGGCUGCACGCCGAAGUGUCGGCGUUCGGCGCGGCGCACCACACGAGCGCACAGCUCCGCCGCCCCGGCGUCCUCCGCGUGCUGGAGGUCGUCGCGCACAUCGUCCAGACCGCGUGGCCCCAGGCCGCAGUCGAGCCGUACGGGUCCUUCGCCACGCACCUGAACUUGCCGUCCAGCGACGUCGACCUGGUCGUCGGCCCCUUUCACUCGGUCAGAACCGACAGCUUGGGGGACGUGCAGCAGCUCGGGGAUCUCUUGGCGGCACACUCGUCGUCGUCAUGUUCGGACGUGACGUUCACGUCGAUUCAAAUCCUGGCGCAUGCCGCCAUCCCGCUGCUCAAAGUGGUCGCGGCGGUAGGGGGGGCGGACCUGUCGGUGGCGCUGGACGUGACGUUUUGGAGUCCGUCGCACCAAGGGCUCGCCAGUGCCGCGUUGGGGCUCGAGCUGUGUCAAGGCAUCCCGGGGUUGAAGGAAGUGACGCUCGUGCUCAAGUAUUACUUGGCCAAGCGCGGCAUGAACGAUGUGUACCGAGGGGGGUUGUCGUCCUAUGGGUUGCUGCUCAUGGUGGCCCACGUGUGCCUCCAAAAGGCUUCUCGGCAUCCGACGCCAACGAAAUCGGCGGCCGUCGACGAGGGCGAUGGCGCGGUCGCGCUAUCCGACAGUCAGCGCGCCAAGGGAGUUCGAGUGGCAGCCGCGUUGAUGGCGCACGUGAAAGCGGAGGCAGCGGCGCCGUGCCUUGGCAAGUUGUUGAUGGAGGUGCUGCAUUACUAUGGCAACAACUUUCAGCCAGAAGUGGACGUGGUCACCGUCGGGACGUCGUUCAGUGACGACAUGCGACGAGGUGCGGCCGCCACGUUGUGUGUGCUGGAUCCGCUGGACGGGACCAACAACGUGGGACGCCACUGCUACCGCAUCUCACACAUCCUGCGCAGUUUCCAAGACGUGUCCAACUCUCUCACGUCGCUCAUCGUUCGACUUCGACGAGGCAAGGACGUGGGUGGAGGGUCGUUGCUCGAUCGCAUGUUCAAUCUGUGACACUGUGAUCCAAGGACCACACACAUGCCACCAGAUGGGUGGACCACAGGCCCAUCGGCAAUUGUGUUGUGCCUGGACUUGACCUGGUAACGACGCAAGUGCUGUGUACUAGUAAUCGGGUCCAUGGGUGGCCUGGUGGUUUGUUAGCUGUGAGAAACAAAAUCGAAUGGCGGAGGUGCCGAAGUCGAGAGAUUAUGGUGUGCUUGUUGGCUCAACAGCGUUGAAUACAAUGUGUUGCAAGUCAAUCAAUGACGACGUACACCGCGA